GCUCUCCGAAGGGGUCCCGGGGGUUCGCGCUGCCCGCGGGGCGCUGCUGCCACCGGCGAUGUGUCUUUAGAGGGGUUUUAGGGCGGGGGCGUCCCUCUGGGGGUCGUGCCAGGCCAUGGAUGUCAGCAGCCCGACGCGGGCGCUGAGCCCGGAGCGGGGUCCCGGGCAGGCGGAGCCGCCGCCCGCCGCCCCCUCGGCCGAGCACGUGCUGCUGCAGGCGCGGCUGGCGCUGUCCGAGCGGCCGGGAGCCCUCCGGGAGCUGGGCGCGCUGCUGGAGGCGGCGGAUCCGCGCUGGCUCCUGGGCUCGGCGAGCCCCGCGGCGCUGGGCUCGCUGGCCGCGGCCCUGGGCGGCUUCGCGGCUCCGCCGCGCCGGGAGCAGGACGGGACCGAGCCCCCCGGGCAGGACGCAGCGCUGGCCGCCGUGGCUGAGCGAGCGGAGCGCGUUGGCGCCGUGUUCCUGCUCCUGCUCCAGAAGCUGGAAGCUGCCAAGAGUCAGGAGUCGCUGGGGAUGGCCGUGGUGGGGCCCGUCCUGCGCCGGGUGCUGGGACACGCGUUCAUCUUCGCCGUCACGCACAAGGACGAGAGGCCCUGGACCACGGCGAGCACUCGGGCAGUGGCUCAGGAGCUGCUGGAGCGGCUGCUCCAGGCUGCCGGCUGCGGGUCCGUGGCGGAAUUCCUGCGGGGAAAGGAGGGGGAUGAGGAAGGAAGAUUCGGAGCAGUGAUGGGGCUCCUGAAGCAGGAGUUAACCAAAGACACCUGGAAGCGUAACCCAGGCUCCAAACACGUAUUCUCCUGGACUCUGCUCCACGUCAGCCGGCCCUGGCUGUGCCCUCACCUGGAGCGGGUGCUGCCGCCCGCGCUGCUCCUCUCCGAUGACUUCCAGGAGGAGAACAAAGUGCUGGGCGUGCGCUGCCUGCACCACAUCGUCCUCAACGUGCCGGGUGCGGAUCUGUGCCAGUUCAACAGGGCCCAGGUGGUGUUCCACGCCCUCUACAACCACCUCUACUCACGGGAGGCCCCUCUCAUCCAGGCAGUGCUGCUGUGCCUGCUGGACCUGCUGCCCGUCCUGGAGCGAGGCCAGCGGCACCAGGGCCACGGGAGAGCCACGUCCCCCUGGGACCAGGUGCUGCAGCUGGUGCUGACCCACAUGGAGGCCGAGCAUCGGCUGGCGCUGCGCAGGGUCUACGCGGGGACCCUGCCCGCCUUCGUCACCAGACUCGGCAUCCUCAUUGUGAGGCACCUGAAGAGGCUGGAGCGAGUCAUCGUGGGCUACCUGGAAGUCUCUGAUGGUCCCGAGGAAGAAGCCAGACUGGGAAUCCUGGAGACACUGCAGUGCACCAUAGAGCACGCCUGGCCCAGGAUGCCCUGCAGGCUCCCCGUGCUCCUCAAGGCCCUGCUGAGGCUGCUCUGGGACGUUCACACGGAGCAGGGCCCGACGCCGGCGCCCGUCAGAGCUGCCCUGCUCCACAGGGCCACCCAGUGCCUCAUCCUGCUGGAUCGCUGCUCCCAGGGCCAGGUGAAGGUGCUGCUGGAAGGGGUGCACAGCAGCUGUGAGGAGAACCAGGUGCGGGAGUGCCUCAGGAAGGUGCAGGAGAGCAGCUGAGGUGCCUGACACUGCUCACCCCCUUUUGUACAGUAAAAUUGUUGUAUUUAUUUAAA